AUGGCUGCCCUCCGAGAGACCAGGGUGCAGCCACAUGGCAACAAGCAAGAUGAGGUAGUUCAACUGGCAGACCUGGACGUCAUCGAGCCUAAGCUCUACGUGCAUAUGAUCGAGGUCUUUUCCCUGAAGCCAGACGCAGACAAGCAGCAAAUCCUCGACAACCUGACCGAAGGUCUCUCCCGAACCCUUGCUGAGUACCCGAUCUUGGUGGGCUCGUUGCACUUUGACAAUGAGACAAAGAGAGUCGUCGUGAAGAGGACGCCAGCCUCCUCCGUGGCCUUGGCUAUCAAGGAGCCUGGGUCGGAUGGCGCGAGCGACAUCGAGUCCUUCGCAACCCUCGACAAGCACGACUUCCCUGUCCACCUUCUUGAUGCAGGCAAGGUGCUCCCGUCAUCUGUGGUCGGGACAUUCCCGGUCCCAGCCCAGGAAAUCUCAACAGACGGCCCAGCUGUCUGUGCCUUCCAAGUUACAUUCAUCGAGGGAGGUAUCAUCCUAGCGCUGGCGGUUACCCACCAGGUCUGUGACGGAAUGGGCUGCGAGAUGCUGCUGACAAGCUGGUCACGCAACUCGUACGCCGUCUUCAACGGCACGGCAAACGGCACCAUCAAUACAGCCGCAAUGCCGGACCGGAACCUCCUAAGCCUCAAGUCCACGCCCGUCACCUCACCAGAGGAGCUGAAGAAGCUCGGCGACAAGUUUCCCACGUACAAGGCCCGCGACGGGCCCCCAGCGCCACCGCCAGCAGACUUCGAGAUGCCAGUUGUCAAGACGCGGAUAUGGCACGUACCAAAUAGCAAGCUGAAGGAGCUCAAGGCGCUCGCCAGCGCCACGGCGCAGGACGGCGGCGGCCCAAGCUGGGUGUCGACAUACGACGCGCUCCUCGCGAUCCUGUGGCGCGCAAUCGUGCGAGCCAAACAGCCGCUUCUCAAGCCCGACGCGGCCGCGCCGUCCAAGGCCAUCCACGCCGUCAACGCGCGGGGGCGGACCGACCCUCCCAUCCCGGAUAAUUACAUCGGCGUCGCCGUCACGCUGCCUCAGUCCCCCGAGUUGGCCGUCACGGACGUCCUCUCGCCGGACCUGGGCUCGGCGCUGCCGCUCCUGGCCCGCACAGUGCGCGCCGCCACAAACCAGGUGACGCCGUCGUACGUGGCCGACCUCAUCAGGUGGGCGGGCUCGAGCCCGGACCUGCGGUGGGUCGAGUUGGAUAUGCAUUGGGUGCUGGGACUGGACUGCAUGGCCUUCGACUGGCACACGAUGAAGUCAUACCAGGUGCACGACUUCGGCUUCGGGAGGCCCGCGGCGCUGAGGUGGCCGCACCCACAGUUUGAGGGAUUCUUCUUUGUGCUGCCGACGAGGACGACCAAGGGCAACCCGGACGAGGCCUUCCUGAGGGUCACGGCCACAGGAGAUGUCAUCGAGGACCCAGCCGGAGACGAGGACUCUUCUACCGCCCGGGACAGGAUCUUGCGCGCGACCCGGUUGGUCUCGAGCCCCUCAAUCCGCACCGAUGGCAAUACUUCUUCAGUGCCCUCGGCGGAACGGAGUGUCCGAACGAGACAAUCAACUAGUCUCACGGGCAUCGAGCUGAUGGACGCGCCUCCAUCCUGGCAUCGGAGCGCGCCCAUGCUGGAGUACCAUGUCAAGUACGCGCACGGCUUCGUGUUCGUCUUCAACAUGUCGUCGCGGGAGACACUUGAACUGGUCAAAGAGAUGUUUGACGCUGUGGAGCACGCAGCGGCAGCCCUGGGCCUCGUUGGCGAUGGAAAUGGGCGAGGUUCCACGCCGGUAAUUCUGAUUGGGAACGUGGAUGAGCAUUUGCGCCGCCGGGAGGAUGACGUGAAGGAGGGGCCAGCCGACUCGAAAGCUCAAGACCGAGUCCCUGCAGCAUCCGUUAGAGCGGAGGCUGCGAUGCUUGCGGAGAGCUGGGGUUGUGAGCUCUUUGAGGUAGACACUGGCAGCGGUGCUGCUUUCAGUGACGGUGCCAACGAGGCUUUCUUUGCGAUACUGCGGAAGAUCGAAGAAGCCAAACGCCCGCGACGGUCUGGUAUUGCCUAUGGCUUCAGUGAGAAGAAGGCUCCAGAGCGGCUGCUCGUUCGAAGGACCGUUGGCCGCAUCCUUCCUGGCCCUUUGUUGAAGCUAUUCGCCAAGUGA